AGUGCCCCAGAGGAGGUCGGUCCAGAGGGGUGGGCGUGCUGCCCAAAAGCAGGCCCCCGCUUACAACUCAGUAGUAAAAUAUUCCCAAACACUUAAACUGUCAAUCAGGAUUAAUGGUCUAUAAAAACUGCCAGCAGAGCCGCCACUCGCAGACACUCGGAGCAGUCAGCGUUCCUGUGCGCGCUCACACAGGGACCUCCUGUUUCUUCUCGAAGCACCGCACGAAGUGAAGCCGGCCCGCCGACAAAUAAAGCGCGCAGGAAGGACGCCCCGUGCAACUUCCCCGCUCUCCUACCUGCAGUCGCAGCCACACCGAACGGGACCCUGCCGAGCCGAGACCGUCUCGCGUUGGCUAAUUUACUGUCACUUAGUUGCUCCAAAGUUAGCGAGGCGAUGCGCACGGCGUCGCCCUCGGACACUUCAGCCCGCCGCUUUCCGGCGAGCGCCUGAGAGACGCCGCGAAACAUCGAGAGAAAGCGACGAGGGAGAGGAGAGGAGGUGAGGGGUAGUCCGCGAAGCCGGCGUGCAUGGAAAGCGGCCUCGGAGUGCCAAGCUUGGGGCUGGAGCUUCCCCCCUUCUUGAUAGCGUUAAAUUUACUCGUAACCAGGACCUGCAAAAUGGACUGGAGAAGCCUGGGAUCGGCGCUGUUGUUCCCCGUACAGAUGCUGUACUACCUGCUGAAAGCGGGUGCGAGACUCCUGCUGCCGACCAGGCUGCGUGACCUGAGUGCGGACGUGGUGCUUAUCACGGGCGGGGGCAGAGGCAUCGGGCGUCACCUGGCUCUGGAGUUCGCCAAGCAGGGGGCUAAAAAGGUAAUCUUGUGGGGCAGAACUGAGAAAUGCCUGAAGGAGACGUGCGAGACGAUCCGGGGAAUGGGUACGGAGUGCAACUACUUUCUGUGCGACGUGGGAAACCGCGAAGAAGUCUACCAGCAAGCAAAGGUGCUGCGAGAAAAGGUGGGAGACGUUACCAUUCUUGUUAAUAAUGCAGCAGUGGUCCAUGGGAGAUCUCUAAUGGACAGCGAUGACGAUGCCCUCUUGAAAACUCAGCACAUCAACACACUGGGCCAGUUCUGGACAACAAAGGCUUUCCUGCCACGAAUGCUGGAACUGCAGAACGGCCAUGUGGUCUGCAUCAACUCGGUGCUGUCCCUCUCGGCCAUCCCUGGAGCGAUCGAUUACUGUACGUCCAAGGCGGCCUCAUUUGCGUUCAUGGAAAGCCUCACCCUGGGGCUGCUCUCCUGCCCUGGCGUGAGCACCACCACUGUCCUGCCCUUCCAUACAAACACGGAAAUGUUCCAGGGAAUGAAAGUUCGGUUCCCUAACCUCUUUCCGCCUUUAAAACCAGAGACUGUGGCCAGGAGGACUGUUGAAGCUGUUCGAACAAACACUGCCAUCUUGUACCUGCCCUGGACAAUGCAUGUGCUCAUCUUUUUAAAAAGCUUCUUGCCACAGCAAGCACUUGAAGAGAUACACAAGUUUUCAGGGAGCUACACAGCCAUGAACACCUUCAAAGGACGCACAUAGGACAAGAAGGAAAAGAGGAAGUCAAAAGGAAAAACAAGGGCAGAUGAUGGAAGACGUGUCCUGGAGGCUUGCGGCAUUGCUGAUGUGCGCCAGAGUUUGUAGACGCUUCACUGUAGCUGCGGACAUCAGUGUUUGGGAUGUCUGAGGCGCGACAGGAAUUGGAGAAGGGGGAAAUUUACAAAAAAAAAAACACACAAAAAAAAAAAAAACUUGUGGCUUUCGUUUGUUAGAAGCCAAGACACCAGUAAGAAGAAAAGAAUUCCCAUUAUUUCUUUAAAGGUUCCAAGUAUUUUAGUGGUUUAAAGAAACGACUAAUCCCAUUAGAUGAUGACCUGUUUUAAACUUUUAUUUUUUUUUUUUGGGGAGCCAAGCUGUUCUUCAGGCUGUUACUGUGACAUUUCAGUGCCGGGUGCAGUGGCCGUGUGACACACACGUUAGGAGGAAGGACUCCAUCGCGGUGCCUUAUUGAACUCGUGUGUUGCUGUCUGGGUUUCAUUAACUAGAACUCUCCAAGUUGCUUUGUUGUUUUUCACUUCAGUGUUUAUCUAAAUUAAAUUUUUGUAAAUGUGGUUUAAAAGCAUCUCACUAAGUAAGGCAAUCACAGCAUUUAUCAUUUUUUUUUUUUUCUUCUUUGUUGUGGCAAAUAAUCCCUCUGUGGAUUUAAAAAAGAAAAAAUGAUCAGUUGACACAAUCACGUUGCUAUUUGAGACAAAGAAUAAAAAGAAUAUUGUAUUUUAUUUUAUUUUUUUUUUUUAGGUUUUACUUUCUCUGUUACAAAAUGAAUUGGUUCGCUAACUGCCACCAGCAGCACUGUUGUAUCACAAUGGAAAGUAAAAAUAAAGAAAAGUGUAAAGUAUGA